UUCAGUACCUUGGAGAGUACCUCACAUCCCCAAUCUCCAAUUUCUGUCACGGUUGAUAAAAAAAGAAAGACUUUCCGAGUUCUCCUUUGGUUAAAUCUAGACUGUGUGUACUGUCACACGCACGAGAUCUGAGGGUCGUUUGAUAACCGCUGGCUUUUUAGGCUUCUUAAAGCGCGUGACGCAGCGCUGCGCACAUGGAGUCGCGCUCCUGCACCGCAUUUACAUAAAGACCUCACGAUUUCCUCGAGUAUAUAAAUCGCUCUGUACAUGACAGGAGACGGGGGAAAAAGCCUAGACGAGAGAACUGAAGAGGGGUGAAAUGAAGACGGAGAGCGUGGCGCAGAGUGUGCCUUUCAGCGGCAGAAAGCGGAGUCUCAUCGAGGACGCGCGCAGAGACAGGGAGAGGGAGAGAGACAGGGAGAGAGACAGGGAGAGCACAGCUGCGUCUCCGGGUCCAUCGCGCACCGGCGACAACUUGGUUUUCGAAGAGAAAAGCGGUAAAGUGACUCUCCACCUGCUCUUUACGCAGAAGAACGACAAAAAUGCUGGCUUCUUCAAGGCUGGGAAAGUUUUCGAGACCUUUGAGGCGAAGCUGCUCCACCUGGAGAGUCGUGCUGCUCGGAGGUGUAAGAAAAUGUCCCCAGAUGAGCUCGAGUUCUUCAUGCAGUGUGAAGUUCACAGCUCUGACACCGACGCUUUCAUUAACGCGCUCAGAAGAGUCGCAGAUGAAGUGCGGCUUCUGCAGGACGACCGGGUUCCAUGGUUCCCACGGAAGAUCAGUGAUCUGGACAAAUGCAAUCAUGUAAUUACAAAGUACGACCCUGACCUGGACCAAGAUCACCCCGGGUUUAGCGAUCCGGAAUACAGAAAACGGAGAGCGUUUAUAUCUGAACUGGCGUUCAACUUCAAACAGGGCGACCUGUUACCACAUGUCGAAUAUACUCCGGAAGAGGUUGCCACCUGGAGAGAAGUGUACAGGACUUUGACCUCCAUCUAUCCGACUCAUGCGUGCAAACAGUUCCUGGAUGGCCUGCAGCAGCUGGAGAGAGAAUGCGGCUAUGGAGAGCACAAAAUCCCUCAGCUCAGAGACGUAUCCAAUUUCUUGAAAGAAAAGACAGGCUUCCAGCUGCGCCCAGUCGUGGGUUUGCUGUCGGCGCGGGACUUCCUGGCGAGUCUGGCGUUCAGAGUGUUCCAGUGCACGCAGUACAUUCGCCAUUCCUCAUCACCCAUGCACUCUCCAGAGCCGGACUGCUGUCACGAACUGCUCGGACACAUCCCCAUGCUCACGGACAAGGAGUUCGCUCAGUUUUCACAGGAGAUUGGUCUCGCCUCUCUUGGAGCAUCUGAUGAGGAUAUCGAAAAGCUGUCUACUCUCUACUGGUUCACGGUCGAGUUUGGGCUCUGCAAGCAGAACGGGGAAGUAAAGGCGUACGGUGCCGGCCUCUUAUCUUCCUAUGGAGAACUUUUGUAUGCUCUCUCUAACGAACCCGAGUACAAGCCGUUCGUCCCCGCCGAGACGGCGGUCCAGCCGUACCAGGAUCAGACGUACCAGCCCGUGUACUUUGUCUCCCAGAGCUUUGAUGAUGCUACCCACAGGAUAAGGCGGUACUCCUCCACCAUCCCGAAGCCGUUCUCCAUCAGAUACGACCCGUACACCUGCUCCACGGAGAUCCUGGACCGACCCGCUAAGAUCCAGAACGUUCUGGGCCAAAUGAGAGAGGAGCUGAAGAUCCUGCACAGCGCGUUAGAGAGACUGGGCCAAAGAUGAGCCUGAAAGCCUGGUUUCGUCUUUAAUCGCGAAUUAUUCAACACCCACGUGGAGAAAAUUAGAUGUAUACACAGUGUAAAUAUAUCUCACGCUCAUCCUGCAUGCUGUUCUUCAGUAGACUCUCUCUCUGUGUCUGUGUGUGUGUGUUCAACAGAUAUACGUGCCCUUAAUAAAGCUUUAUUUUUGACUAUUCAUUCUGUAAUUGUGUCGAGUUUUACAUUUAUAUUUACCAAGAGAUACACUCAUCCAGAGACCCAGAAGUGCGAUCUUCA